UUCCCCUGUCAACCAGUCAGCUGUGAUUCAGUUCAAUGUGACCUAUAGCUCCAAGCAGAACUACUCAUCUGUAAUCACACUGCCUGAGCAGGUGUUUCUGCCAGUGGACACAACCUCAGUCACUUUCAGUGUAACAUCCCAUGAUGUCGGUCAGGUGACCACAUACAUGCUUAGCAACCACACAGACCUCAACAGUUUGCCUGUCAGAAUCCGCUUUCUGGUCGUCCACAGUAACAUCCUGUCAGUAGUCAGUGAGGUGAUUGGCUGGAUUUACUUUCUGGCCUGGUCAGUGUCCUUCUAUCCACAAGCCUGGGAAAACUGUAAGAGGAAAAGUGUUGUAGGUCUCAACUUUGACUUCCUGGCUCUCAACCUAACUGGCUUCAUCGCUUACAGUGUCUUCAAUAUAGGGCUUUUCUGGGUGCCUUAUAUAAAGGAGGAGUUUCUGAAGAGGAACCCGAAUGGAAUUAACCCUGUCAGUGCUAAUGAUGUCUUCUUCAGUCUCCAUGCUGUCCUGCUGUGUUUGGUCUACGUUACCCAGGCUGCUGUCUAUGAGAGGGGGGGUCAGAGGGUCUCCUGGACAGCCUUGUUCUUGUUGCUGAUUGGCUGGACAUUUGCCUUGAUAAGUUUGUUUGUUGCUGUAGCCAGACAAAUCACCUGGCUGGAUUACCUCUAUUACUUCUCCUACAUUAAACUCGCAGUUACUCUGAUCAAAUAUGUGCCGCAGGCUUACAUGAACUACAAAAGACAGAGCACUGAGGGGUGGAGUAUUGGCAAUGUGUUGCUGGACUUCACUGGUGGAACUCUCAGUAUUCUACAGAUGAUCUUACAGUCUUACAACAACGACGAAUGGAGGCUGAUAUUUGGUGAUCCUACAAAGUUUGGUCUGGGUCUGUUCUCUGUGGUUUUUGACAUCCUCUUCAUGACUCAGCACUACUGUCUCUACAGACGGCCACCACAGUACGAAGCUGUUACAGAGCAACAAGAAGACUGAGUGUGUUGACACACAAAGACACACUAUCACAAGGGAGCACACGUCCGAUUUCUAUCACUUGUCACCCAAUUAACCAACAAAUGAUUGGUUGUUGUCCUCUUCGACUUCCAUCAAGAUAUGCUGUGCACUUUUCCAGAGUAGGUUAUACACAGUGUGCCUUUCUUCUUAAAUAUUUCAGGAUCAGCACUUGUCUUUUUUACCACUGUAUGAUAUUUAUGGUUGAUAAAAGGUAGAACAUGUAAUGAUGUCAAUCAACACACUUUUUAUUAAAUGCAAUAUCACAGCUGAAA